GGGGGUGAUGCCUGCCAAAUUUCCAGGAAGAAAAGCCUAUCUUCUCUCCCCAGCAUUUCAUAAAGGGAAAAGAAAGUGGACUAAAUUAUUUCCUCGGUAAAUUGGAGGGGAAAGGGGGAAGGGUAACCAAAUCGCUCCGAUCACAUCUUCCCGCUUUACCAGAUACCUCAGAAAUUCACUACUACCAGUGAUGAGUUACCAAAAAGCAUCGCCUUAUCCCCCUCCAGGGACUGCGUAUGCUGCUCCACCGCCACCGGGCUACCCAUCAGCACCACCCCCACCCUCCUAUGGAGGAUACCCUCCACCAGGACCACCACCACCACCACCACCCUCAGGCUACCCUUAUCCGCCACCCCCACGUCCUGAGGGUUACCAACAGUAUUUCAACCACGGCUAUCCUCCUCCGCCUCCGCCUCCACCCCAACCUUAUGGGGCCUACCAUUCCGAGCAUCACCACAACGAUCACGAUGACCAUUCUGGUUGUUCCUCUUUCCUCCGUGGCUGUUUGGCUGCCCUCUGUUGCUGUUGUCUGUUGGAGGAAUGCUGCUUCUGAGGCCCUGAGUCAGGUUCUUAAAUUCAUUAGGUACCUGUAUUCAUCUUGUUGGUUUACAGCGAGUGUUGUUCAUCCGUGUAUUCAUAAUCAGUACUGUCAUGCGAUAUUAAGAGAUUUUAUUUAAGGACCCUUUUGGAUUGCUCUCAUGAGUGAUCAUAUUGUGUUGUAUAAAAUGUAAGAUACUCUCUGUUAUUUUCGAAGUGAAUGUGUAUUUGCACCGCCUAUUUAUUUUGCACGCCA